AUGCCAUUAGACUUCUCAUCUGAUUGUGAAUGUCCGAACUGCCUGAAAAGCACACAGAAUGAGUCUGAUUGGAAUCCCUAUUCCAACAAGAGCAGUAAUGAGUCUUUAUACCCAACAUUAAGAAAGAAAUCUCUGCCUCCGGCCAGUGCGCAGUGCUUUCUUUCACAGUGUUGUUCUGCCAGACCAGAGAAUGACACCAAAGAAGACUCAGUGUUUCUCCCAUCAGAAGAGGAAAGCUAUGUGGUGACUUCACAAAACAAUUAUCUUGGUCUGAACCCCGAGGGCAUUACAAGGAAAAUCAGACCAUUGAGAGAGCUGACUGUCCAAGAGUUACUGAGGGAGUUUGGGGAUAGCAGGAAGUUCCAACCAAACUCCAUGUCUGUGGGUCACUUUAGAGAUCAGGUGGUAAUGAAGUUCAGAAGAGCUCUGUAUUAUUCUGGAAUUUGGGUGGCGUAUGUCCAAGGCUACAGAUUUGAAAAGCACUUGUCAGCUAAUUAUUUCAAGAGAAAUCCUGAUUGUCUAUACCGGCUGGUCCCCUGGCUGAAACGGGAACUAACAGUUGUUUAUGGAGAUUAUGGCUACACAGUGAAGAAUAUUCUAGACACUAUUCUCCAUCACAUGACAAAAUAUGAUCUGGACAGUGACUCCUUCAUUAACCUCUUGGAACCUUACCUCCAGCAACACACCCACCAUUUUCUGCAUGAACUUAUCAGUUUUGUUCAUUCACCUUACAACAUGGAGACUUACGACCAACGUGCCAUCUAUCAAUUUCCUUCUGCUUCACCAUGGGUAAAAGAGAAGUCCAUUGCAUCAGCUCCUGUUUUGCCUUUGCCUAAGGAUCAAGCUGUAAUGGCAUCUCAACAUGAUAUCAAACAGUCUAAAAACACCCAGGGCCAAUGUAAUAAUGAGCAGAGGCCUCUGUCAGGUUCGAAACCAUUUCCAAAUGGUAACUCUUCCUUGAAGAAAUCUGAAAUCCCACUAUUCCACCAGAAAACAGCAAGCAAAAUACAUACUUGGGUAGAAGACAAACCAGAAUCAGGCCAUCACAAGGGUACAACAUCUACCAAUCACAUGCUCCUGAAUUGGGCCACACCAAGGGAAAGGAGCUCAGACUUACUGAAUUGCAAAAAAAAUGUUAAAGAGAGGAAAACAGAAGGGAUAAAGUUGUUUCCUGGUCAAGUUCAGGAUCUGGGAAAGAGUGAAACUGCCCGCAUCUUCAGUUCCCCAGCAAUUCUUAAUCUGGGGCAAUCAUGGAAGAACAGCCUAAGAGAAAAAAGGGGUUUGAAACUUGGCCAGCAGAACAAUUUCCAGAAAAAAGAAACCGAGAAAAACAAAUGUUCAGGUUCUUCACCAAAGAUCUUUCAAAGAAGAUUGCCCAAAGAAAGAUCCUUGAUAAACUGCAAAUCAAGAAAGAGGGACCCCUCCUGCAGCUGCAUUUCAGAAAAUGCCUUUUCUUCUAAGAGAGAUGGUAGGAAGCUGAGCUCUUUCAGAAAAAAGAGGAUGAAAGGCAGACAGUCCUCCCAAUUUGCAGAAGUUGGUUCACACUCUAGCAGCGUACUCCAAAGACAAUCAAGGGCCAGUACUCACACAGCCAAAUCUUGGUGCGUUGGAUUUACAAAGAGAUCUGUAAGCAGAGACUCAAGUAAUCCCCCUCUGAGAGGAAGCCACGAAAGUGAACAGAAUAUAUGCCGUGAGCCCUCAAAAGAAAAGAAGGUGCAUGGCUAUGAAUCAAACUAUGGGAGGGCAUCUUCAGCCAUGGACCAAUACAUAAAACUUCCUUCAACUGCUGGGAAGAGACCCAAGUGUCCUUCUAAAAGUGAAGGUUCUUCCCAAGCUGGAAGCCACUGUGACAGUCCCACAUGUCUACAGAGUGAGAAACACAAAUCCCCAAGAAAACAAGAGAUGAAGCACAAAACCACAUUCCCAAGAGCUAGAAAAACCACACCAGUUAGUCACAGAAAGAACAAAUGUCAGUAUCCAGAUGCAGAAACCACAGAGGAAGGCAGUGAUGAAGGAGGGGAUCUGAACGAGGCAAACAAGUGGCCAAAAAGUGGCCUCUCUGAGUGUGCACCUUCCUACAGGAGGCAGACCCAAAAGAAAAAAUAG